UGAACGGGAUGAGGAAGAAUGUGGGGUGUCUGUAGAGGAUCUAGCCAGAGGUGCUGAGUGCGACCCUGCGAUCCUUUUAAUGCCGAUAUCAGAUGUCCUUCUACAUCCGGAGUACAAGCAUUUUGGGCAGAAGGAGAGUAUUUCUAUAUUGAAAAUGAUCACUCCUAUAAAAUCCAAAUACGUAUUGCCAGCGUGUUUACCGUUUAAAAACUUUUUAAUAGGAAAAAAUGGCAGGCAGACCAAGGAGAAACUGUUUCACAUUGAUUUUAGCAGUGACGUACCAAGAGAUUUUGUCGAAGAAGAAAAAGAUGUAGUGAAAAUUAGUUUGUUGCCCAGGGAACUUUGCUAUUUAUACGACAAUCCAGUGAACACAUCAAACUUAGGCAAGAAUCGCAUCGCAUGUUCCACGGGGUGCGGCUUUCACUCGGGGGCUCCUAGCUUGGUGCACGAGCAUACCGGCCACUGGUCCAUUGUAACAAUCUCACAAGGUGGAUCACCAUGCCCUGAUCCGCUCCGCACUCGGCGGCCACCGCCUCCGCCCCGUCACAUUGUUCUCUAUCCGUACGUACCUUGGAUUACUGCUGCCAUCACUGGGAAGGCAGUGGGAGCAUUCGCUAAAGAUGAUCCGUUUGGCUUCGUGAUGCCUCGAGCUUCCUUCUACGAUCUGAUUGGCCACGAGUGGAACGGCCACUGGUGGAUGGGUGGCCGAAGGUGCUUCGACAGAGGGGAAGCAGCAGAGGACAUGUUCAAAUUCUACCACGAGGUUUUCCAAGUGAAACCUACGACAUUGACUUAUCUCAGUUACUAUCUAGAGGUGGCCUCAACUCACGAGAGUCUUAUUAUUUGCGUAAAAGUGGGUAUGCCAUACCAACUGGGCCAACCAAAAGUAUGGGAGUUGAAUACACCAGUUGUUAAGGUACGAAUACCCACUGUUACAUUCAAAUUUCUAUACAAGUUUCAAGUGGAAGUCUGGGGGUACAACGCGACUGAAUCCUCCAGCAGCUCGGACGAGUCCUCUUCAACACUUGAAGAGGAUUCAGAGGAAGAAUGA